CCCCGAAGAAGAAAAGCGUCCCCCCCCCCUCAUCCAAUCAAAACGGGCCAUCCCAAAGGCGCCGUGAAUUGAAAACGUCCCACCGUUGCGACAAAACAAAAGCCCCCAAAAACACCAAAAUGGAGCUGUUUCGCGACGAAGACUUGAAAAUGUUCUUCUAUGAAAAUAGGCUAAAGACCUACGAAGGCUGGCCGUUCGACAAAGACUGCGUAUGCACACCCGAAAACAUGGCAAAGGCUGGCUUCAUCCACACGCCAUCAGACAACAGCCCGGACAUCGCAAUGUGCUUCUCCUGCCUAAAAGAGUUGGAAGGGUGGGAGCCCGACGAUGACCCACAAAAAGAGCACAUCACGCAUUCGCCAUCCUGCUACUUUAUUGGCCUGAAGAAGAAGGAGGAAGAUCUCACUGUGGAAGAGUUUUUCAAGCUCAUGAAGGAGAAGAAGAAAUGCGAAAUUAUAAAAUCGUGUAACGAGGCCAUCAACAAGUUUCAGGAAGCCGCCAAAGUGAAAAGAGCAGAAAUAAUCAAGUCGGUCACGGGCGAAGAGUAGCGAAUGGCGGAAACUGCCAUCUUCCCUGUAUGUCCCGCACCUCUUCAGUUUUUCCUUGUUGCUCUAUUGUGUUUUAAUUCAUUAAAAAAUGUAUAUAUUGGACUGUUUGUGUAGGCCUAGUGUUUUAUUACUA